CAAGAGUCACAGAGAUCAAGUUCCUUGGAUUAGGAGGCAGGAUCACUUUUCCCAACAUCUGUCAUCAUACAGAAGAUCUAUGAAGUCCACUUGAGGUGUGAAGGUCAUUCCUAAGGAUUCAUUUGGUGGCAACUCUUCUUUCUCUUCCCUGAAUCAUCUUCGUAGUUAUAAAUCAUGGGAGAAGAAGAUAAAACAAUUGAAUGUCAGCAUCCAAAGCCUUCCAUAGGAACAAAUCACAUAGCUUCUAUGCAGCAAGAAACACAGGAGGAGAGAGUUAUGAACCUUAAAGGUGUAGAUGGAAAUGAACCCACCGAAGGAAGUAACCUGUUGAACAGCAGCGAAAAAAAUCUGCAGGAGUCACCAACAGAAUCAACUUGUUUGCAAAGUCUGAGACAUAUAUUGGCUUGCCCUCCACAUGGUUUGUUGGGCAGAGUAAUAACAGAUGGUGCCAUGGUUGUUCUUCUGUGGGCUGUGGUGUGGUCAAUUACUGGCAGGGAAUGUCUUCCUGGAGGAAACCUGUUUGGAAUUAUAACCCUGUUCUAUUGUUCUGUCACUGGAGGCAAACUUUUUGGGCUCAUUAAGUUACCAACAUUGCCUCCACUGCCUCCUCUUCUUGGCAUGUUGCUGGCUGGGUUUCUCUUGAGAAAUCUCCCCGUCAUCAGUAACAAUGUACAGAUCCAGCACAAGUGGUCUUCCUCUCUGAGAAGCAUAGCCCUGUCUAUCAUUUUGGUUCGUGCCGGCCUUGGUCUGGAUCCAAAGGCUCUGAAGAAGUUGAAGGGUGUCUGUGUGCGGCUGUCCAUGGGUCCCUGUGUUGUGGAGGCAUGCACAUCGGCACUUCUUUCCCACUUCCUGAUGGGCUUACCGUGGCAAUGGGGAUUUAUAUUGGGUUUUGUCUUAGGCGCUGUCUCUCCAGCUGUGGUGGUGCCUUCCAUGCUCCUUUUGCAGGAUGGAGGCUAUGGUGUCGAAAAGGGGGUCCCGACUUUGCUCAUGGCUGCUGGCAGCUUCGAUGAUAUACUGGCCAUCACUGGUUUCAAUACAUGCUUGGGCAUGGCCUUUUCCACAGGCUCUACACUUUUUAAUGUAUUCCGAGGCAUCCUGGAAGUAGUGAUUGGUGUGGCCACUGGAUCUUUCCUGGGUUUUUUUAUUCAGUACUUUCCAAGCAGUGACCAGGAUAACCUUGUGUGGAAGAGAGCCUUCCUGGUCUUGGGCUUGUCUGUGCUAGCUGUGUUCAGCAGUGUGCAUUUUGGUUUCCCGGGGUCUGGAGGACUGUGCACACUGGUCAUGGCCUUCCUUGCAGGCAUGAAAUGGAGUAACAAAAAGUCAGAGGUUGAAAAGAUCAUUGCAGUUGCCUGGAACAUUUUUCAGCCCCUUCUCUUUGGACUGAUUGGAGCAGAGGUAUCUAUUGCAUCUCUCAGGCCAGACACUGUCGGCCUUUGUGUUGCAACCUUGGGCAUUGCAGUAUUGAUACGAAUUAUGACUACAUUUCUGAUGGUGUGUUUUGCUGGUUUUAACAUAAAAGAAAAGAUAUUUAUUUCUUUUGCAUGGCUUCCAAAGGCAACAGUCCAGGCUGCAAUCGGAUCUGUGGCUCUGGAUAUGGCAAGAUCUCAUGAAGAUAAACAGUUAGAAGACUAUGGAAUGGAUGUGUUGACAGUGGCAUUUUUGGCCAUUCUCAUCACAGCACCAAUUGGAAGUCUGCUGAUUGGUUUGCUGGGACCCAGACUUCUCCAGAAAUUUGAAUGUCACAAUGAGGAGGAAGCUCCAGGAGAAACUUCUGUACAAGUUUAGAGGGAGGUGGAAGUUGGACACAUUUUUCCUCUUUCUUCUAUGCUGAUGGCGUUAUCCAGCUGUGAAGAGGUAGAGAAGAGUCUGAAGCCCAGCACUGAUAUCUCUAAGAAACUCAAAAGAUCAUACUUGGAAGCUGUGAUCACAUUCCACUGGGUGUUGCAGUCACUUAACAACAUAUGUAUGCCAGGGAGGCUCAUGUCUAUAAUCUCACCACUCAGGAGGCCGAAGCAGGUGGAUCACUUAUGAGUUCAAGGCCAGCCUG